AUGACCCUCGAAGUCGAUGCCGCAUUCGCAGCCGCAGCACACAAUCCAGACGUAAAAGUCAUCGUCCUGCUCGGCAAGGGAGACAAUUUCAGUUCUGGCCACGACCUUGGGACUCCUGAACGACUCGCUGAUGGCGUGUCGGAUCCACUCAAGCAGCAGGGUAUGAGAGGCGAUUAUGAGAUGUGGAGCUCGACAGAUGUGGAGGCGUGUUUGAGAUGGAGAGCGGUUAAGAAGCCUGUUGUCUGUGGUAUACAAGGCUACGUAGUUUUCCAUGGUGUAGCAGUCGCAUCAGUCGCAGACGUAAUCUUUGCUGCAGACGACCUGAAAAUGAUGCCUUCACUGGUCGAAGUCACGACACUACCAUGGGACCUAGCUCUAAACGCCCGUCGCGCUAAGGAAAUAAUGUUUGCACAACGCUUUAUCCUCGCACAAGAAGCUCUUGAACUCGGUCUUGUAAACCGUGUUUUCCCUGCAUCAAAGCUCCGUGAUGAGGUUGUCGCGUAUGCGAAAGUUGUGGCCAAAGCGGAUGGGUUUCAUUUGUGGAUGAUGAAGAAUGCUGUUAAUGGGGCGAUGGAUUCUGCUGGAUACACACAGAAUAUUCGAAGCAACCUAAACACAUGGGCAGCAUACUAUGCAUCAUUGGCUGAUCCAGCUACACAGGGCAAAAAAGCAGAGUUUGCUGCGUCAAAGAGAAUGGCUCCUAUUCCUGGUGCAUUGACACCGGAAGUGAUGAGGUGGUCUGAGAAUGCCACUUUGAUGAAGAAGGCAACCAAAUUAUAA